UCCCCCUUGCGGCUUGUAUCCUUUCCGCGCAGGCCUCAAGAUGGCCGUCUUCUGGCGUCUGUGGCGCUGUUGAAUGAAGAAAUCUUUAUUGUUCCCUUCGGGCAGGAGUGUUCGUGUCCUUUAUGGCGCUGUCAAUAAAGAACGGCAGUUUGAAUCGGUGCUGAACAGCUUUCAAGGUCUGCAGCCUGACUGUUGGGCUUUCCUUCUUGACUCCUUCAGCUCCGCAUCCCCACUGGCUCUGAAAGAUGCUGUCGGGCUCCGGCAGCAGUGAAUUUGCCAUUUUCUUCCACCUGUCUCGCUGCCAGAGCUUUGGGCUUUUGCCAACCUGUUAGAAUGCUUCAAAAGAAGAGUUUCAUUAGAAAUUGAGAGAAGCUGAAAAAAGAAAUUAGUUGAAUGGAAUGAUUAUUAAGGCUUUUCAAGAAUCCGAUGCCAGCUGCCAGUUUUAAGAUGUGGCAACCCAGCUAAUGAUUGAUCCUUAAUCUGCUGUCUCUACCUCCUUGAGAAACUGGUGAGAGGCGGUGGAUUUUUAAGAACACAGACCUCAGAGUCGUACUGCCUGAGUUUGGACCCUAGCUCUGCCACACACCAGUUGUGUAGCCCUGGGGUCCAGUGCUGAUCCUCACAGAGUGGGUCCUGGAGUAAGGGAGGAAGAGAAGCCCUCGGCGCAGGGCCGGCGCGAUGGAGCUCCCCAACUACAGCCGGCAGCUGCUGCAGCAGCUCUACACGCUGUGCAAGGAGCAGCAGUUCUGUGACUGCACCAUUUCCAUCGGCUCCAUUUAUUUCCGGGCCCACAAGCUUGUCCUGGCCGCUGCCAGCCUUCUGUUCAAAACCCUGCUGGACAACACAGACACCAUCUCCAUCGACGCGUCCGUGGUGAGCCCGGAGGAGUUCGCCCUCUUGUUGGAGAUGAUGUACACAGGCAAGCUCCCUGUGGGCAAGCACAACUUCUCCAAAAUCAUCUCCUUGGCCGACAGCCUGCAGAUGUUCGAUGUGGCCGUUAGCUGUAAAAACCUUCUCACCAGCCUUGUGAACUGUUCUGUUCAGGGCCAGGUGGUGAGAGAUGGCUCCAUGCCACCCUCAGACGUACCCAGGAAAGAACCGGAGAAGCCUGAUGUGGAAAUCCCGUCCUCAGAGGGUGCAGGAGAGCUUCCUUCUGCCCCGGAGGGCCCUGCCCCUGCCGGGACCCCUGUGGGAGCCGAGACCCAGGAAGCAGCCCAAAUGGGUGCACAAGAGAUUAGUGUGGACCCUCCCACCGCCCAGGAGAUCCAGGGGGACACAGAGGUCCCGGUGGACACUCCACGUACAGCUGACGGUGCUUCUCCCUCUCCGGUUGUACAAGCCUGUGGUGCGGCGAAGGAGGCAAGCACAGAGCCAGAAUAUGAGAGGAAACACUACCAGCUGAAUUUUCUUCUAGAAAAUGAAAAUAUUUUCUCAGACGCACUCUUGGUUACCCAGGAUGUUUUGAAAAAACUAGAAGAAUGUUCAGAAAUUAAAGGUGCACAGAAGAAGACCAUAAUGGAAUGUCUUGAGGGUGAAGAAGGACGUUCAGUGUUCCAGAGAAUCCUGGAGAAAGUGAGAGAGGAGAGCCUGGACGUUCCAGCUGUGGUGUCCCUGCUGCGGCUGUACCAAGAUUCUAACCCUGCAGUAAAGACAGCGCUGUUGGGCAGAAAGCCUGAAGAUGUGGACUCAGCACAGCCGAAAGGGAGCACAGAGGAGGGAAAGACCUUGUCUGUUCUGUUACUGGAACACAAAGAGGACCUGAUCCAGUGUGUAACCCAGCUGAGACCUAUUACGCAGUUUCUGGAAACAGCCAAGGAGGGAUUCCUGACUGGCGCUGAGAAAAGGGUGAUUCUGAAUUGCUGUGAGGGCGGAACACCCAAGGAGACAAUAGAAAAUUUGUUGCACAGAAUGUCUGAAGAGAAGACCCUGACUGCUGAGAGUUUGGUAAAACUCCUUCAGGCUGUGAAGAUGGCAUUCCCGAACUUGGGCCUUCUGCUGGAGAAUUUGCAGAAACUAGCCACUUUGCCAAGCACCACAGUCCAGGCAAGCCCUGAGGAUUAUGGGACCGAGCUAUUGCGACGGUAUCACGAAAACCUCUGUGAGAUUUUCACAGACAACCAGAUGUUACUACAAAUGAUCCCACACAUGAAGAGGUUAGCCCCUGGAGAAAGAGAGGUCAUGGAGAAGCUUGUGAAACGCGACUCUGGUUCAGGUGCUUUCAGUUCUUUGAUGUCAGCUGUUCUAGAAAAGCAGACUCUCUCUGCAACAGCCCUUUGGCAACUGCUGCUGGUGGCUCAGGAGGCAAAGACCUGCCCACUGAACGUGCUUAUGGAGGAAAUACGAAGGGAGCCCGGUGCCAAUGCGCUCUUCCGGGCAGUGACCACCCCGGAAAGUGCCGCCUUAGAGACCAUCCUGAAGCAUCACAAACUGAUCCUAGAGGCCAUCCAACACAGGCUUGAACUCAAGGGCUUUGCCUCAGAGGAAGAGCACCUGGCAGAGACUGUGAAAGAGAUUCUGAGCAUUUUCUCUGAGACAGCCGCCUCUGAAACGCCCCUGAGAGCAGUGCUGAGCAGAGCCACGGAAAAAGGCAUCUCGGCCAUGGAAAUAUGUCACCUCCUGUGCAGCGUCCACAGAUCUUUCCCAGGCUUGCAGCCUGUCAUGCAGGAGUUGGCUUGUGCUGGUUUCCUUACUCAGGAAAAGGGAGACAAGGAAAGGUGGGAGGUGAGUAAUAAAUUUCACCUUGAAGCCAACGACAAAGUGGAUGAAAAGCCUGCUGAGCCAGCCAAAGAAGAGUGCCAGUCGGGGAAACAGAACCAUCAAGGAGAGAAUAGUUCCUUGGCAAAACAACAAGAGAAAGACACCUCUGCCUCCCCAGACUCUGCCAAGAAGAGCUUCAUCUGUAAGGCCUGUGACAAAAGCUUCCAUUUCUACUGCCGCCUCAAGGUGCACAUGAAGCGCUGCCGGGUGGCCAGGAGCAAACAGCUGCAGUGUAAGGAGUGUAACGAGACCAAGGAUUCUAAGAAGGAGCUGGAGAAACAUCAGCUGGAGGCCCAUGGUGCAGGCGGAGAGCCCGAUGCCCCCAAGAAGAAGAAGAAGAGGCUUCCGGUGACGUGUGACCUCUGUGGAAGAGAAUUUGCUCACGCCUCAGGCAUGCAGUACCACAAGCUGACCGAGCACUUUGACGAGAAGCCCUUCUCCUGUGAAGAGUGUGGGGCAAAGUUUGCAGCCAAUUCCACCCUGAAGAACCACCUUCGCCUCCACACGGGGGACCGCCCGUUCAUGUGCAAGCACUGUCUCAUGACCUUCACCCAGGCCUCUGCCCUGGCCUACCACACCAAGAAGAAGCACUCGGAAGGAAAAAUGUAUGCAUGCCAGUACUGCGAUGCUGUGUUUGCCCAGUCCAUCGAGCUGUCCCGCCACGUGAGGACCCACACCGGGGACAAGCCAUAUGUCUGCAGGGACUGUGGCAAGGGCUUCCGGCAAGCCAAUGGCCUCUCCAUUCACCUGCACACCUUUCACAACAUAGAAGAUCCCUACGACUGUAAGAAAUGCCGGAUGAGCUUCCCCACGCUGCAGGACCACCGCAAGCACAUCCACGAGGUUCACUCCAAGGAGUACCACCCCUGCCCCACGUGUGGCAAGAUCUUCAGCGCCCCUUCCAUGCUGGAGCGGCACAUGGUGACCCAUGUCGGAGGGAAGCCCUUCAGCUGCGGGAUCUGCAACAAGGCCUACCAGCAAUUGUCUGGUUUGUGGUACCACAAUCGGACCCACCACCCUGAUGUGUUUGCUGCUCAGAACCAUCGAUCUUCUAAGUUCUCGUCACUCCAGUGCAGUUCCUGUGACAAAACCUUUUCUAACACCAUUGAACACAAGAAGCACAUCAAAGCGGAGCACGCAGAUAUGAAGUUCCAUGAAUGUGACCAGUGUAAGGAGCUCUUCCCCACGCCAGCUUUGCUACAGGUUCACAUCAAGUGCCAGCAUUCAGGGUCGCAGCCAUUCAGGUGCUUGUACUGUGCGGCUACUUUCCGCUUCCCCGGCGCACUGCAGCACCACGUCACCACGGAGCACUUCAAGCAGUCAGAGACCACCUUCCCCUGUGAGCUCUGUGGGGAACUCUUCACCUCCCAGGCCCAGCUUGAGUGUCACUUGGAAUCUGAACACCCAAAGGUGACGGGCACCGAAACCCCAGCAGCAGCCUCGCAGGUGGUGCAGGUAAUCCAAAGCCCGGAGCCCACGGUCCCGACCGAGCAGGUGAUCACUUUGGAGGAGACCCAGCUUGCAGGUUCACAGGUGUUCGUGACGUUGCCCGAUUCGCAGACAUCUCAGACCAGCUCUGAGCUGGUGGCGGUGACCGUGGAGGACCUGCUGGAUGGCACCGUGACCCUAAUCUGUGGUGAGGCCAAGUGAGUGGUGCCCGUCCGUGGAGGGUCCUGUGUUUGCCCUCCACCCCUGGCUGUCCCGUGUGGUGAGCAUCUUCGCCUGGUACCAGCCAACAUGGCCUCACCUGGAAAACAGAAGUGGCGUCAUCGUUGUCACAGAACCAACAAUGUCUGAAUCUUCGACGCUGACACCACUGCUCUCCAUAGCAGGCAGGCCUCCUGCCCCUCAGGCCUGCUGCUGUGGCCUCCAUGACACUGUCCAUCCCCAAGUGGAGUAACUUCUGAAAAGAGUCUGAAAGAGCAGUGGGAUAGGAGCUGGUGACCAGGGUAACCAGAGUGCGAUGUGCCAGCAGCCCUCAGUGUGCAGAAUGGCAGAAGUGGGACCCGUGGCCCACAGAUAUGGCCAGUGCCUUCUAGCCAUUUAAAAAUGAGAGAAAAGCACCCACAGUCCACCUAAGGACCCCCAGCCUUGAGCCCACUGGGCCCUUUCUCCACUUGUAUGAUCCUCCCAGCUGCGUCACCCAGCCCCCUCGUGGUAGCAAUAGGACAGGAAAGAAAGUGUCAUUUCUAUGCAGAUUCCCACCUUGUCAGUACAGUCAGCCCUUCCGAAAAGGAAGCCUUUGGAGUGUUUCUGCCGGAGUGUUCCCUGUGAGGCCAUCCAGCUGCAAGGACAGCCUCUGCCUUUCUGGGAUAUUCUUCCUGGUGUUUGUACCUGAAAGCUGGUUCCUGCAUCCAUCCACGGUAUCCUCACCCCUUACCUGCGUCAAAGGCUGCAGCUUCUACCCGACCUGGAGGCCUUGCCCCUCCCUCCGGAGCAUGGAAUACAGCUAAGGAACCCGGGCCAGGUGGAGGGACGCCUGCCCCCUGCCACGGUGUCUGUGCCGCGUGAGUGGCCUGCUGUCUGAACUCUCCCAGGCCGUCACUGCUACUGCAGGUCAGUGAUCCUUUGGAGUCUGAAUUUCACAGAGCUUUUUUGUCUUCAAUUCCUAACAUGUAAUCUGAUAAUGACUGGUUUGUGGAAGCCGUUAUGAAGUGCAAUUAGAUGGGUGUAGGUCCCCGCCGUGUGGAGGGAAUGAAUGACUAGCAUGUAUCUUCCUCUCCUCGAUGCCAGAAGGUUGAGGUCUGCGAGCGCCGUGUUUACACAUAGGCAGGGCUCCCUGCCACCCUGUGUGGCCUGACCCCCUGCAGAGGGCGGUGUCCAACUGGAUCCCUGGUCCUCAAGCAGUCAUCUGGCAGAAGACUAGCUCACCCGUUCUUUCCAAGCACAUUUCACAUCCGCAGGUACAAGCAGGAGUGAGGGGUUGCUUUUGGUCACGGUUAGGACUUUUACAGCCUCCACACACUGCUGGAAGGGCAGAAGGUGGACCCUUCACGCUGACCAGCAUGGCUGGUUCUCCAGCUUUGUGCAGGCAGGGAGUUCCAGCUUGGGCCAGCUCACCCAGGCGGCUGCUUCCGCCUCCAGAGUGUCCUCAUUUUGAUAUGCAAAUCGCUUGAGCAUGUCAGCUCUGGGAUCUUCAUUCUGAAGCAAAUGAAGUUUUCAAAGGCAAGUCGGGCAUCAAAAGCCAAAAACUGACCAGAAGAUGGUGCUCAAACCUUGAAGACUUCGCCUCCACAUGAAGCCCUCACUGCUUCUGCCAAGACUCGGUCUUCUUAAGGUUUUUUGGUCCUAUGAGCUAUCAGACCAAGAGAGCUCUUGAUCUGCAAGUGGCAAAAUGGUACUGCAUCUCCCCCUGACACCAGAUAAAACCCACUGAAAGAGAGUGGAGUGGCCUGUGCUUUUGGGGCCUGGAAGCCAAGCCUAGUGGAUAAGAAGGCAGCUCCUCACCAGCCAUGGGCUGCGGUCGGGAACUGCAGUGUCAUCAGAACUUCUUCCAGACAAAAAACAAAAUAAAUAAAAGAUUAAUGCCAAGGGUCUGUAGGGGAAAGUGAUUUUUCUUUUUAAAAAGUCUUCCAAAUAAAGCUCUUUAAACCCAAGUUUCAGAUCCUUUCAAGUGCUGAGAAACCCUUUCUGAGGUUUCUGACAGAUCUAGAUUGUGACAGGACUUGCGUUUUCUUUAGCAUCACCAGACGGGCAGCCCUCUGUGGAACUGAGAGCAAACAUGGAAGUCGGACUUGCUGCGAGGUGGCUCUUACCCCAUGGCACACGCGUCAGGAGGUGCAGACUCGGCCCGUUCUAGUCAGGAACGAGGAAAGGUCCAUGGUGAAUUCAGCCUUUGCUCUGAAUGGACCUUUACAAGAUGCUGCCUUGGCAGUGAUUUUACAGUGUGACUCCCCGGAGACGCCCAGGUGUGGGUUUUACUGUAGGAAGACUUUCUCUAGCUCUACUUGGCCAUGUUAGUCGUUUCUCCCACUUCUGCCCAAGAGACCCUCUGCCUUGCUGCCACAGGGGACAUCGUUACCAUGGUCUCCUUAGUCCGUAUCACAUGCUUCUUUAGGGCAGUGCUGUUCCCUUUGCCUCGUUGCCAUCGGUGCUGCCCUGAGGCCUCCGGGCUGAGCCUCAGGUCGUUUGCCGAGUUAUGGAGGGAUCUGUGGGCUUCUUGGAACUCUUGACUCUGUUCAGUGGGACCCCAAACCUCCUUUGCUCACAGAGCUCAUGACACAGCUGCUGAGGAGGGAAAGGCAGGCAGGUUCCAAGCUGGAGUCAAGUUCUGUGGGAAUAAUGGGGUUCACUUAUGGAACAGGACUUACCCACCCCAGGUAAGUGAGACAGCAAAGAGGUGAUUCAAAAGCCAGCAUUGCCGAAGAAAGAUGGGACUGUCUAAGUACAUGAGCAGAACCUGGGGCCAAAGGGCAGCAACGGGGCAGAGACAGAGGUCUUUCCUUGUCUGUUUUAUAAAGCCCAUGUCCUGUCUGAGAAGCUUUGUUUGGAAAACUUUGAGCCCAGCGCAUACCACGGUCUCAGUGUGGAUUCUGGGUUCCCUGGUGAGUCCUGUCCUCUCCGAGGAAGCGUUCUGAUUCCCCUCCCCACUGACCCCAGAGCACACAUUGUCCUCCUCCCCCAGGAAGAGCUCUGAGAGUCCGCUGGUGGUUGAAAUGCGGUUGAGCAUCAGGGGUGAAUGGGGGGACGAGGUCCAUGUCUGCUUGUGUCUAAACCAGGAAUACUCCCAGACUCGAGGAGAUGAGAUGGGGCCUGAGAGCUCCUCACCCCGGGGGAUGUGCUGUCACCACAGGCUGAUGACGUAUUGCUGAGAUGGGAGGGAUGUGCCUUUAAAUCUCUCGUGCCUGAGAUCUAUGAAUUGACUAAGGAAUGGAAGAAACUGCUCACCUUACAUUGAACAGUUCUUCCAAGCAAUAUUUCUAUUAAAUAGGAGCUAGAAAGUUGGACAGUGAUGGGAAAAAUGCUGGCUGGCUUAGUCCUCCCAACGGAAGGAUGCAGCGGCCCAGCCCUGCUCCGCCCUGCUCCGCGUGGCCCAGUGGAUUCCAGGGACACUGGGAGGCAGGGAGAAUAUGGGAGGACAAGGAAGACUUGUGCUGAAGGGAGUGUGAAGGCGAGCUGGUCUUGUUUUGUUGCCAUGGAAAACCUUAGUGCCGGUAGGACUUGGACCGAAAGCCCAGAAGCACAGCCAGAACUCAGAAACUUGCUACACCUACGACUCGGCCUGUAACGAAGAGAAGCUGCCUGUGCCUUGGGGAUUAUGCUGUGGAGAAAAAGCAUCCCCUGGGCUGGUUUAAUUGAGCUUGCUUCCAAAUCACACACAUGUUCAUCGCUUCCCGUACCAAGACCUGCCCGCCCUGGUACCACCCGUGGUCAGGACAGCUAGCCAGCACAUGACGCUGUAUAAAUUGGAUUACACACCAUUAUUUGUGUUCACCUUGCACUAUUCUAUAUAAAUAAAAUACAUACUUUGAAAAAA